AAAUAUAGAGAGAGAAACCACAUGAAAACUCUCUUUCUCUCCCCUCUUCUCUCCUGCUUCAACCUAACCCUAGUUUGGUUAGGAUAAAACCAGAAGAAUCAACAAACCAACAAGCAAUAAACCCUAGAUCUCUGGCUACAAACAACAAGCUUACUUGCUUGUGUUCUGUAUUCCCGCCGUGUUUUCUGCUUUCUCCUUCUGUUGAUGGAGCCCCGUGUUGGUAACAAGUACCGACUUGGACGAAAAAUCGGCAGCGGAUCCUUCGGAGAGAUCUAUCUCGGUACUAAUAUACAGACUAAUGAGGAAGUGGCAAUUAAGCUCGAAAAUGUCAAGACAAAACAUCCUCAGUUACUGUAUGAGUCGAAGUUAUACAGAAUUUUACAAGGAGGAACUGGAAUACCCAAUGUGAGAUGGUUUGGGGUGGAAGGGGAUUACAAUGUUCUGGUCAUGGACUUGCUUGGACCUAGUCUCGAAGAUCUAUUUAACUUUUGUAGUAGGAAGCUUUCUUUGAAGACAGUUCUGAUGCUUGCAGAUCAAAUGAUCAAUCGUGUUGAAUUUGUACACUCUAAGUCAUUUUUGCAUCGAGAUAUCAAGCCUGACAAUUUUCUUAUGGGCUUGGGAAGACGUGCAAAUCAGGUCUACAUAAUUGACUUUGGUCUGGCUAAGAAGUACCGAGACACUUCAACUCACCAACACAUUCCUUACAGGGAGAACAAAAAUUUGACUGGAACAGCAAGAUAUGCAAGCAUGAACACUCACCUUGGCAUUGAACAAAGCAGGAGGGAUGAUUUGGAAUCUCUUGGAUAUGUACUAAUGUACUUCCUAAGAGGAAGUCUUCCUUGGCAGGGACUUAAAGCAGGAACCAAGAAACAGAAAUAUGAGAAAAUUAGUGAAAAGAAGGUGUCAACAUCUAUUGAGGCCUUAUGUCGAGGUUAUCCCACAGAAUUUGCUUCAUAUUUCCAUUACUGCCGUUCACUCCGCUUUGAAGACAAACCGGAUUAUGCUUAUCUGAAGAGAAUAUUUCGUGACCUCUUCAUCCGUGAAGGCUUUCAGUUUGACUAUGUUUUUGAUUGGACUAUUUUGAAGUAUCAGCAGUCACAAAUUUCAGCUACUCCUUCACGUCCUCUUGGUGCUGGUGCUGGAACCAGCUCAGGGAUUCCCCCUGCAAUUGUCAAUGUGGAACGACAGUCUGGUGAAGAAGAAGGGAGGCAAGCUGCUCGAAGGAGAGGUUCUGGACCACUUCUGCAAGCUCCUGGCUUAUCUAAGCAGAAGAGCCCUAUCGGUAAUGAAUCAACAAGCAAAGAUGCUAUGUUGUCGACCCCCACCGCUAUGGGAAGAACAAGUGGAUCGUUGAGGCGAGGUGCUGUCUCGGGCAAUCGUGAAUCACUGACUGUGGGAAAUGACUCUGACCCUAUGCAUUCUCGCACUCCUGAGGCGAGUGUAGGGACUGGACCGAAAAUCUCCAGUGGACAAAGAAGUUAUCCCCUAGGUGGCUCAUCUGACCCCUCCAAGCAGGCUUCAUCCGGUAGGAACAUUUCUAGCACAAAGAACUAUGAAUCUACACUGAAAGGAAUAGAAACUCUGCGCAUCGAUGACGAGGAGAAGGCCCCCUAUUGAAUGCUGGCCACAUUCACAUUCUUGUAAAUUGUGUGACGGACAUUGGGUAGAAUUGAAGCCCCCCCGAAAGUUGAUUUUCUUUGAAGUUAAGUAACAAUGGGUCGUUAUUUGUGCUAUGGGAAAGAUAUAAAACCAAUAAACAGAUCCAGAUUGUGGUAACGCAGGAAGGAAAAUCUGCCUGCCGGUUCAGGCUGCUUGUUGUGGUAUGUUUUAUUUAUACUUCGCAUACCCUUUGAUGAUUCCAUUUAAUUGGUCAUCACUGUAAAUUUGCCUUUGUAAUGCUAUUCCCCCCAACAGUAUUCUUUUUCCUCCUAAAACACCUAAAUUUCGAGUUGAAUGUCAAAUAGGAUAUGCUUUAGUAGUGCUAUUUGGUGGUCUAUUGGUUGAAAACCGAAACCUUCAACAUUGUGUCCUAGACUUGUGUACAAGGUUGUUGCCAGUAUUUUCUGUGGAUCUGUGUUGUAGAGUAUAAUGCAUUCCUAUUUGCUAUCUA